AUGGCCCUUAAUACAGAUCAGACUCCGGACGGUCGAGGUGUAGUCCUUUUCAACGGAGAAGUAAUUUUGAUUUAUACCAAGACGGUUAAUUUUGAGCUGCAAUCUUCGAACUCAGCUGUGACUGGCAAGCGAAAGGGGCCGUUGUAUUUGACGUCUCAUCGGAUUAUAUUCACCAACAAGAACCAAAGUGAUUCCUUCAAGUCGUUCUCGAUGCCGUUUCACUGUCUGCGAGACGUGAAAGUCGAGCAGCCGGUGUUCGGCGCUAACUUUCUGAAAGGAGUUGUUUUGGCCCAGCCGAACGGCAACUGGGAAGGUACGGCCACUUUCAAGCUGACCUUCGACGAAGGCGGCUGUAUUGAAUUUGGACAAGCGAUGCUCCACUCUGUAGAACAGGGUAAGUUUGUUCAGUCGUUUGCCGCUCCUCCUCCGUACGUGGCUCCACUUGGAGGGUGUUUCUGCCCGCCGCCUGCGUAUUACACUUGUCAAGGUGGAGUGUACAACGGUGUUAGCGUUCCAGCUGCUGCUUUUCCGGAUAUGCCUCCAGCCCAUCUGAUCGAUGAUCCAUGA